AUGGACGACCUUUAUGACGAGUUCGGAAACUUCAUUGGCGAGGCCCUUUCCGACGAUGAAGGCACCCAAGACGGCGAUGCAGGACAAAACUACGUCUUCGACCAGGAUUCCGAGGAAGAGCAACAGGGACAAGAUGACCAUGAUAUGGAUGUUGAUGACGAAGGACCUUCGAACGCAGUCAUACUCCACGAAGACAAGCAAUAUUACCCUACCGCGCAACAAAUAUAUGGCCAGGAUGUGGAAACUCUCGUCCAAGAGGAAGAUGCGCAGCCAUUGAGCCAACCAAUCAUUGCUCCGGUCACCCAGAAGAAGUUCCAAGUCCAGGAAGCAGAUCUCCCUCAGGUGUACUAUUCUAGAGAGUUUAUGACCGACUUGCUGAGCUUUCCAGAGGGGAUCAGAAAUAUUGCGGUGGCCGGGCAUUUGCACCAUGGAAAAACUGCAUUUGUCGAUAUGUUGGUCAUGCAAACCCACAAUCUUCAAGAACGGCUUGACAGGAGAAUUGGUAGACGCAGAGACGAACAACUGAGAUAUACUGACACUCAUUUUCUGGAAAGAGAGAGGGGUGUCUCUCUUAAAGCUGCUCCCAUCUCCCUUGUGAUGCAAGGUACACGAGGAAAAUCGCAUAUUCUCAAUGUGAUCGACACUCCAGGACAUGUCAAUUUCGUGGACGAAGUCGCAUCGAGUCUCAGACUGGUUGACGGCGUCGUGUUAGUUGUGGAUGUUGUGGAGGGCGUUCAGAUCAAUACUCAGCAAGUUAUAAAACAUGCCGUUCUGGAGAAUCUACCCAUGGUCCUGGUGAUCAACAAGAUGGAUCGACUUAUCCUCGAAUUAAAGAUCCCUCCCACAGAUGCCUAUUUCAAGCUGAAACAUGUGGUGGAGGAGGUGAACACCAUCAUUGAAAACACCAUACCAGGACGUGGGGAAUCUAGGAGAUUAUCUCCUGAAAAGGGCAAUGUCGCCUUUGCCUCAACAUCAAUGCACUGGGUCUUCACACUCCCUUCGUUCGCAAGGAUGUAUGCCGAAACAUAUCCAAAGGUUGAUGCUGUGGAGUUUUCGAAAAGACUGUGGGGCGAUAUCUUCUUCAACCCACAAAGUCGCAAAUUCACCAGAAAGGGUGUUGAAGAAGGUGCCAAAAGAGCAUUCGUCAAUUUCGUUCUCGAGCCUAUCUACAAGCUUUACUCUCACACGAUCAGUGAAAGCCCUGAGGAUCUUGGCGCCACGCUCGAGACCCUUGGGAUAUCCUUGAAACCAUCACAGUUGAAAUCCGAUGCCAAAGUCUUACUUGAGUUGGUUUGCGCUCAAUUCUUCGGCCCUGCUUCCGGCUUUGUCGAUAUGGUUGUACAGAAUCUACCUUCGCCUGCCGAAGGGGCGAAAAGAACGUUGGACAACUACUAUACUGGCCCAUUAGACUCCGAAGUUGGCAAGGCCAUGUCGACUUGCGAUUCAGACGGUCCACUGGUUGUCCAUAUUACUAAGCUUUUUAGCUCUACAGAUGCGAAGACUUUUGACGCUUUUGGUCGUGUAAUGUCUGGCACUGUUGCUCCCAAUCAACAAGUUCGGGUUCUCGGCGAGUCCUACAGUCUCGAAGAUGAAGAAGACUCGACGAAUGCAGUGAUCACAGGCACAUUUCUAGGCUGCUCUCGGUACAAUAUCCCAGUCUCCGGAGUCCCUGCUGGAAAUUUCGUGCUUCUGUCGGGAAUCGAAAAUUCAAUUGUGAAGACCGCUACUGUUGUGGCGGCCCAAUUUCCCAACAAUGAAGAUGCUUAUAUUUUCCGACCUAUUCGACAUUUCACCGAAUCGGUUUUCAAGGUUGCAGUUGAGCCUAUCAACCCAUCUGAACUUCCCAAAAUGCUUGAGGGGCUGCGCAAGAUCAACAAAUCCUAUCCCUUGAUCACUACUAAAGUUGAAGAAUCUGGAGAACAUGUUGUCCUUGGCACUGGAGAGUUAUACAUGGAUUGUGUUUUGCACGACCUUCGGACUCUUUAUGCAGAAAUGGACAUCAAAGUGUCCGACCCUGUCACACGGUUUUGCGAAACUGUGACCGAGACAAGUGCUAUCAUGUGUUAUGCAUUGACACCCAAUAAGAAAAACAAGUUGACUAUGAUCGCGGAACCACUUGACGACGGUAUUGCGGAAGACAUUGAAGCAGGGGUGGUCAAGAUACGCGAACCAAUCAGAAAGGUUGCCAAUUUCUUCGAGGAGAAAUAUGAAUGGGACAAACUCGCUGCAAGAUCCAUCUGGGCUUUUGGACCCGAAGAGAUGGGACCUAACAUUCUUUGUGAUGACACUCUUCCAUCCACGACAGACAAGAAAUUAUUGAAGUCUGUACAAGAGAGCAUCAAGCAAGGAUUCUCUUGGGGUACGAGAGAAGGUCCGCUAUGUGAAGAGCCAAUUCGCAACACCAAAUUCCGCGUCACUGGGGCGGAAUUGGCAACCGAGGCUAUCUAUAGAGGAGGCGGUCAGAUCAUUCCCACAUCGAGAAGAGCAGUAUACAGCUCGUUCCUGAUGGCCGGACCACGACUGAUGGAACCGGUAUACAGCGUGCAUAUGACAGGACCAGCAGAUUCGAUCUCGGGUCUCUACACAGUUUUGAUGAAACGUCGAGGCCACGUUGUCUCGGACGGCCCUGUUGCAGGAACACCGCUAUAUGCCGCGAAGGCAUUACUGCCGGUCAUCGACAGCUUUGGCUUCGAAACCGACCUUCGUAUCCAUAACCAAGGAGCGGCAAGUGUCUCUCUCGUAUUCGAUCGAUGGGACGUUGUUCCUGGUGACCCUCUCGACAAGAGCAUCCGCAUCCGACCUUUGGAAAUGGCUGGCCCGCAACAGGCAGCCCGAGAUUUCGUUCUCAAGACCAGACGAAGGAAGGGUCUGAGUGAAGACGUUGACGUCAAGAGGUUCUUGGAACCCGAGUUGCUGGCUGGCUUGAGAGAGAGUGGUGUCUUGGACUGA